GGUGUAGGCAAGCUCCGUAGCGGGGUGACUUGCGCCGACUUUGUCAUAUUCGUAAUAUCAAACAGUGGUUCUACAGCUUUUCACUGUCAGCAGACGUUCGACAUAUAAAAAUAAAAAACGAAAAAAAACAUUCUCGUAGGUAAGAUAUCUUUGGCAUCUUACUUCAGCAAUUCCAUUCUCGAGAUACCCUGAAAGACUUUACAACAAGCUUGAGAAAGUUUGCGCAAAGUUUUACUCAAGUCGAACAAAAUGGCACCCAAACAUAAAAUCAUUAUUGAUACCGACCCAGGAGUCGAUGAUGUAUUGGCCAUCUUGCUGGCCCUGAGCGCCUCUCCUGAAGACUUGGAGGUGGCCAUGAUCUCGGUCACAUAUGGCAAUGUGCCGCUUCAGGGCUGUCUGCGCAAUGUAGUCGCUCUCUUCCACGUCCUGGAGAAAGAGAAGGCAUGGCGCAAGUCGGCCGGUAAAGAGACAGGCUUUGACUCGCUGUCAUUAUUCAAGCCCAUAGUGGCGAUCGGAGCCGAGCAUCCGCUAGAGGAGGAAGAGCUUGCAGCUGACCACUUCCACGGCGCCGACGGGUUGCACGGAGUUCACGAGGCUCACCCGGACCUGACCCCCACAGACACAUGGCGCACCCUCUUCGAGGACGCCCCUGGUGGGCCCCCCUCGGAGAUCCCCAGCUUUUCGACAUACUUCACCCCGUCCAAGACGGUAGCGCACAAGGAGAUACUCCGAAUCCUCAAGGAAUCCCCAGACCAGACGGUAACGAUCCUCACCAUCGGACCCAUGACCAACGUGGCGCUCGCAGCAGCCGAGGAUCCCGAGACCCUCCUCCGGGCCCGCGAGGUCUGCGUCAUGGGCGGCGCCGUCGACGUCCCCGGCAACAUUACGCCGGUGGCCGAGUUCAACACCUUCGCCGACGCCGUGGCCACCGCUCGCGUCUUCGCCCUGACGGCGCGGGAGCCCGCCUCCACCAUGCCGCCCACCAGCGCCUCGUCCAGCCUCAAGCCGUACCCGGCCGGUCUGUCUCGGCAGCUCAAACUGUCCCUCUUCCCGCUCGACAUCACCACGGACCACCUCCUCAACAAGGGCUUCUUCACGGAGCGGAUCGCGCCGCUCGUCGCGUCCGGCAGCCCGCUCGCCCGGUGGCUGGAGCACGUGCUGUCGCGGACCUUUGACAAGAUCGACAGCAUGCUGGGCGACGGCAGCGAGCCGGGCCUGUCGCUGCAUGACCCGCUGACUGUCUGGUACAUGAUGACGCGCGACAACCCGGCCUGGCGGGCUUCGGCCGGCGAGGACAUCCGCGUCGAGACCACCGGCCAGUGGACGCGCGGCAUGCACAUCCUGGACCGCCGCGUGCGCAGCAAGCCGGGCGUCGAGCAGGAGCCAGGCCAGGCCGAGAAGACCGAGGUGGUCGAUGGCGUGCAGCUCGACGAGGUCCCCGGCGACACCAUGGGUUGGUUGAGCAGGAGGAGGGGCAACAGCGUCAACAGGAUCGUGGGCUCGCCCGGAUUCGACGUCUUUGCAGAGUAUCUGAUGAAGCAGCUGUUCUGGUAACGGGAAGUGAUAUAGGCCACGGAAGCAUAUUUCUUUUUUCCCGACUGAUGUUUUUUUUUUUUUUUUUUUCGCGGAAUGGGGGUAUCAAUUUUUUUGAAAACACAAUGUAGAAAGA